CGACGCUCACUCUUCGGUUUCUCCCACGUCGUUCUCCAGUGCUUGUUUUCGUUUUCGUUUUCCCUAAUUCCCAUAAAUCCCCAAUUCCAAAACCCUCGCGUCACCAUGACCGUCAUCGUUCCAGAGCCUGUUCUUGUGGAGAAUGAUCAAGAGGUUGUUGAUGGAGGAGCUUUGGAUCUUGAUGGGGGUUUUGUUGUCCCUGAUAGCAACGCCUUUGGCCAUUCUUUUAGGGACUACGAGAAAGAGAGCCAGAGGAAGGCGGCAGUGGAGGAGUUCUAUCGCAUCAAUCAUUUGAACCAGACUUACGAAUUUGCUAAGAAGAAGAAAGAGGAAUAUAAGAAGCUGAGUAAGGCUGAGAUGAGCAUAUGGGAAUGUUGUGAACUGUUGAAUGAGUUUGUGGAUGAGAGUGAUCCUGACCUUGAUGAUCCCCAGAUUGAGCACCUCCUCCAGACUGCUGAAGCCAUUCGUAGGGAUUAUCCAGACCAUGACUGGCUGCAUCUCACAGCUCUCAUUCAUGAUCUGGGGAAAGUCCUCCUGCACCCUUCUUUUGGUGGAGAACCCCAAUGGUGUGUUGUAGGUGAUACAUUUCCUCUUGGGUGUGCAUUUGAUGAAUCUAUAGUUCAUCACCAGUUUUUUAAGGAGAAUCCUGACUACAAGAACCCUGCAUACAAAACCAAGCUGGGCAUUUACUCUGAGAAGUGUGGCUUGGACAAGGUCACCAUAUCAUGGGGCCAUGACGAGUACAUGUACCUGGUGAUGAAGGAGAACAAGACAACACUUCCCGCAGCUGCACUUUUUAUUGUCAGGUUCCACUCCUUUUAUUCAUUGCACCGCUCUGGAGCUUACACGUAUCUUAUGGAUGAUGAUGACAAGGAGAUGCUCAAAUGGUUGCAAAUUUUCAACAAGUAUGAUCUUUAUAGCAAGAGCAAGGUCAGGGUUGACGUGGAGAAAGUUAAGCCUUACUACAUGUCCCUCAUUAAUAAGUACUUUCCUGAGAAGCUGAGAUGGUGAAGGGGUAGCUAAAUAAAUAUGGGGGACUAAAAUGGUCUACUUGUGUUAUUGCUUUAUCUAUGUUGCACUGAUGUGUGGUAUGUUGUUAUCUAAAAAUUAAAUAAAACAAGGGGAUGUUGGAUUGCUGCUUUUAA